GGAAGGCACGAGGAAAAAGGAGAGAGAGAGAGCGAGAGUGAGAGAGAGCGAGAGAGGGAAUGAGAUGAGGGAGGGAGAAGAGAGAGCGCGUGUGUGUGUGCCUCUGUGUGUGCGCGUGGAUUGCACCACCGCAUCCCGUUCACCGUUUCUGCAGGCGGCCAUGCUCUGAUGGAGAGAAUAAACCUGACAACCUUCUCCUUUUCCUCAGAUUCAACCACCGCUCCGUCUUUCCAGAUGUGACUGACAAGUCGUUUUAUGUCGCCCGCAUUGAGUCCUGUGCCGUUCACCUCGGAGAGACUGUGACACCAUGGCUUUGGUUAUGGAACCUAUAAGUAAAUGGACACCAAAGCAAGUGCUGGACUGGAUGAAAGGUCUUGACGACUGUCUCCAGCAGUACGUGAAGAGUUUCGAGCGGGAGCAGAUGGGGGGAGAGCAGCUGCUGCACAUCACCCAUCAGGAGCUGGAAGAGCUCGGCGUCACCAGAAUAGGACAUCAGGAGCUCAUCUUGGAAGCUGUCGACCUCCUCUGUGCCCUGAACUAUGGCCUAGAGACAGAAAACCUCCGGACUCUGUCCCACAAGCUGAACGCUUCAGCGAAGAACCUCCAGAACUUCAUCCUGGGCCGGCGGAGGGGCGGACACUAUGAUGGACGAGCGUCCCGGAGGCUACCCAAUGACUUCCUCACUUCAGUGGUGGAUUUAAUUGGUGCAGCCAAGAACCUGCUGGCCUGGCUCGACAGGUCUCCAUUUGCCAGUGUGACGGAAUAUUCAUUACUGAAGAACAACAUCGUGCAGCUGUGCUUAGAAUUAACCACCAUUGUGCAACAGGAUUGCACCGUGUACGAGACAGAAAAUAAGAUUCUUCAUGUGUGCAAGACCUUAGCGGGGAUAUGUGACCACAUCAUUUCUCUGUCGUCUGACUCUCUGGUCUCUCAGUCUGCCCACCUGGAGGUGGUCCAUCUUACCAGCAUCAUGCCCAGCGAAGGGCUGGGGAUGUACAUCAAAUCAACGUACGACGGACUCCAUGUUAUCACCGGCACCACAGAGAACUCUCCGGCAGACCAGUGUAAGAAGAUCCACGCGGGGGAUGAGGUGAUCCAAGUCAACCACCAGACCGUGGUGGGCUGGCAGCUGAAGAACCUGGUGAAUGCCCUGAGAGAGGACCCAUGCGGAGUCAUCCUCACGCUGAAGAAAAGGCCCCAGAACACCCUGAGCUCCACACCUGCUCUGCUCAGGAACGUGCGCUGGAAGCCACUGGGCCUUCAGCCGGUCCCCACCAGCCCCACCAGCACCUCCCCGACACCAGUUGGAACUUUGGGAAUGUCCAAAAUGGACGCCCCCAGCAUGCAGGACGUCUACAUCCUCUCUCCUGUCUCUGGACUCUAUAGCACCAGGGAAGAGAUGGGUCUCAUGUCAUGUGACGACAUCAGCCGCUACAGCGUGAGCUCCCAGUCUGGCUCCAAAGGCUCAGAGGCAGUCAGCUACUACCUGGACCAGGACAGCGGUCAGUACUUCUCUCUGCUGGAAGGAGACGUGCCCCCAGUGCCUGACUAUGACCGGGGCCGCAACACGGGGGUACGCCGACGGGACAAGACCCCUACGCACGGUGACCUCAGACCAGUUUCCAUGCCUCCCGAAUAUAACUGGAUGGCCGAGGCCAAGGAACCGAGCAUGGGCAAGAGAGGGAGCCGAGAUUCAGACAACUCCCUGCUGCGCUACCUUAGUGACGACAAGAUCCUGGUGAUCGAGGAGGAGCCAGAGGGUCCGGGCAGGGAAAGCAGACGGGAUUCCACCAGGCGCUCCCGGCGCAAGAGCCGUAAUCCCAGCAGCCCCAGCUUUCCCAUCAGCCCCUCAAUGCUGUCCUCCACCCUGCGGCUAGACCAGCCACCAGAUGCUUUGCCUCGGGGUGCGGACACACUGCGAGCAGACACAACAGACCGAUACUCGGGCUCAGGAAGCUCAGGAGCGGCCUCCAUGAGGAAGUCUUUUCAUUACACCUCUCUCAGAACGAAAACCAAAAAGAGAAGUAAAGGUUCGCUCACCAGUGCCAGUAGAAGGAGAAUCUCCUGUAAGGACCUCGGCCAUGGCGACUGCGAGGGCUGGCUGUGGAAGAAGAAGGAUGCGAAAGGCUACUUCACUCAAAAAUGGAGGAAGUACUGGUUUAUCCUCAAGGAGUCUUGCCUUUACUGGUACACCAACCAAAAUGAUGAGAAGGCUGAGGGCUUCAUCAGCCUCCCCGAGUUCAGAAUAGACCGAGCCAUAGAGUGCAGACGGAAAUUCGCCUUCAAAGCCUGUCAUCCCAAAAUCAAGAGCUUCUUCUUCGCCACAGACUGUCUUGAGGAAAUGAACAGGUGGAUGAACCGACUGGGGCUGGCUGCUAUCGGCUACACACCAGAUGAUAAGGUGCCACGCCCCGAUGAAGACUACUGGAGCGAGAGCGAUCAAGACGAGGUCGACGGCUCAAUGACACUCAAACAGGAGGGGCCCUCAUCCCUCUGUGAUACUUACCAUCGCACACCAUCAGCUAACCUCCUCCACAGUUACGACCAGUUGCCCCGCUCAGUGAGCUCCAUGAGCCUCAUGCGCUCCACUCCAUCCCCACUCCCUCCACCGAUGAGUGCCUCCACCUCCCCCAUUCCUCCACAGAUGGUGUCUUCCACCUCCCCUCUCCCUCUCCAGGUCAAUUCCUCGAGCCCGUUCCCGGAGCCCAAGCACGGUCGCCAUUUCUCCAGCGAGUCCACGCACUCCCACUCCUCUGCCGAGGACCAGCGUGGAGACGGGAUGGGAAUGGGCACGGGCACAGGCAGCACCAGCACCCACUCGUCCGGCUGCCGCUCGUCCCACCGCGAGCGGCGCUCCUGGCAGGACCUCAUCGAGACCCCUCUGACCAGCGCAGGGCUUCACUUCCUCCAGACGGCGCCGGGGGAGAGCGAGUACGGCUUGAUGGGGAGCAUGGCCGGAGAGAUGGGCUACUACGGAGGGCUGGGCAGGCAAGGCAUGUCCCCGGAGAGACGCAGGCAGGCCACGCUGCCCGUACGGAGACACCACGCCGCCGAGAGGGACAGGGAACGGGACGGGCCCUUCCCUCUGGAGCGGGGGCCGCACACACACAGCCACACGCACCGACGGUCUCACAAGCAGCGGAGCCAGAGUCUGCCCAGGAACAGGGACCCAAUGCCGGGAAAACUGUUACACACCUCGAUCCAUAUGGAGGAGAGGAGCGAAGACGAGGAGGCAGAGGGACAGGCUGCAGAUAUGCUUGAGGAGGAGGAGGACCUACGGGAGCUGAGAGUGGACAGCAGAGAGAGGAGGGUGUCUGAGGGAAGGGAGCGGCGAGUGUCGGAGGGCCGUGAGCCAGAGCAGUUGGACGGGCUAGAGCAGCUUUAUCGGGCCCUGGAGCAAGCCAACGUGACGGCCCUAGGGGACCCACGGCCUUGCAGCAAGCAGGAGCUUCGGCGCUGUUUCACCCAGAGGGCCAGGGACCCCCUCCUCAACGACAGGCUGCACCGGGUCCGAGCGCUCCGCAGCACCUUGAAGGCCAAAGAGUCAGAGCUGGAGGUGAUCUGUGCCCUCUUGGAGGACCCUGGCCUGUGCUCCCAGACCUUCAGAGAGUGGAAGCAGUGGCACAGCGAGCUCUACUCAGAAAUCUGCCAGCUCAGCCCCGGCACCAACGGCCAGGACGACCUCUCCCCGCUGGCCGCUCCCCUCAUGACCCACACACACUCCUUCAUCGAGACACAUGUGUGAGAAAAAGAAAUGAAGACUGAACUGACACACACUCACGUACACAAACACAGAGCUUUACAUUAGAAAACCCUUCUCUCUCCUGAUCACCACCCUGAGCACACACACACACACACGCGCACACACACACACACACACACACACACACACACACACACACACACACACACACACACACACAGGGACACACAUUGUAAGAUGUGUAAAUAUCAUAGAGGGAACAGUCUGAGACCUGCGUGUAUGAACUUUUGAUAAUCCUGAGGACCCCACAGGGUGCCUAUUGCAUGCCUGAACAGAAAGCAUUAAUCUUCCUUUGUCUAUGGAACUCAGCAUAAACUCCACACGCUUGUCAAGAAAAAUGGGGAGAAAAAAAAAUAACUUUUUAACACGUUCGUUCCUUUGUACUCCCUUGGUUUUGCUUUUUUUUUUGUUUUGUUUGUUUGUUUUGUUGUUGAUUUCAGGGGGCAGGGGGAGCUAUGUAGCAGCAAUACAGAGGAGAAUCCUUUUCACCACAGCACUGUACUUUUGUACCGAAGAACUUUGCACCCAGAGCCACCAGUUCUCCCCCUUUCUCUUUCUCUCUGUCUUUUUUUUUUUUUUUUUUUUUCCUCUCUCAUUGCAAAUCCUGAUUUACAGGGACCUCACUGUUAUUCCGGGCUGAUCUCACGGGACUGUGUGGGGAUAGUAAGGGCAGUGACUCCGGGGUAAGACUGUGAGAGGUAGCCGAUAAAGCUGGUUUAUCCUUAUUUUUAUUUAUUUUAUUUUUUUUGCCGUUUCCCAAGGAACACAUGAAAACAAGCGUCACGAGCACCGCGAACCCGUCGUGCUGGGCCGAUGCACACUAUUUCAAACUGUGAAGUUUUACCUGCGUAAGGAGGCUCCUCUGAUCGAGUGCAAUUCUACGACUCUUCUUUUCCUCUCUCUGUCAGUGUUUCUCUUCAUCUCCUCCCUCUCUAUUUUUAAUAUAGAUUUUUCUUUUUUUUUUAAUCUUUGGUUCUUCUCUCUCCAGUCCUCAAAGACUUGUGUAUAUGUGUAUACUGCUGUGUAUACUGAUGUAAAUGUUUGCGUUCCACUACCACUGUGAUAUGCUUCUAGAGGUAGCGGAGGGGAAGACAGAGAGUAUGUAUUUGUGUGGGUGCAACGAUUUCUUUUCUUAGUUUUCUUUUUCCUUUUUUCCUUUCCUCCUUAAACAGCGAAUGCCAGAGCUAGAGAGUUCUUUUCAAAGGAGUCACUCACUACAAAGAAUGCACUUUCUAUAUCUCUAUAUCUCAUUGGCUGCAUCACAGGGUCUAUGUCUCAUCGGCCUCUUUACCAUUGCUGUUCAAAUAUCAGGUAAAAGCAUUUGCCGUCUCAUUUUCUAAAGAUUUGUGUACAGUCUACAAAUAUAUUUAAACAUAGAAGAAUAUAUAAAUCUAUUUACGUUUUGUGUCAUAGUUAUAAUGUAAAGUAUGAUGUAUUCUAUGCCAAGGUUUUGCAGUGUCCCCCUCUUCACUCUGUAGGUGCAGGGUGUUUAGCAGUUCGAACAACUAGGAGGCGAACGACAACCGCCGCCGCCGCUUGACAGUUGACUGACAAAUUUUUUGACUGGGUGAAAUCUGGGCUGAGCCUUCUCCUGGUGAUGUGUUGCAUGAGAACGGGCCUGGGACUGAUUUGAAUGGACAGGGUAAAAUACUGUGGAUCAUUUGUGUUCUUUUUUUCCUUUUCCUCCUCCUCUCAUGAUUGCAAGAUGAAUUAGACUUGUAGCGCAUGAUACAUGCAAACGCACUGUUGAAGAAUGACUUUAUUUAUGUGCUCACGGUCUUCUCUUUUUCUUUAGCUAGCAUUUGAAGACACACACUGUACAACAACCGCUGAGGGAGUUUUUUUCUUUUUUCUUUUUUUUUCCACUACUCAGUUGUAAUGCAGAUUGUCUUUACAGCAUCCAAACAGGAUGUUUUGAUUUUGAUGUUUUUGGUUUACAUAGAAAAUGUUACCUGAGAGACAUCUGUAGUUCUCAAAGGAAAGAUAUUUUGACAUUCCCUCAAAGCAUAUGUUUGACUUUUAUUGGGCGGUCAUAGACCUCUAUGUUAAAUGGUCUGUAAUGUCUGUGAGAUUCGCUUCAUCUGCAAGAUCGGGCCAAGGACUCAACGGUGCCCCCCGGUGACCAAGACUCUGAGAGACAAGCGUAGCACCUGCUGCAUUCAGUUUCACCUAUCCUUCCUAUUUGACUGUAGUUCUUGUGUAGUUUCAGGUUUUUCAUCACGUCACACUGUAGAGAAAUGAUCAAAACACACUCCAGAGAUUAUAGCUCAUGUUUUUUUUUUGAACCGUUAAUUUCAGAGUAUCACAAAAAUGAUGCAAGCACUUUCCCUGUGCCUCCCAAUCCUCUCUUUGGCAACGAAGGACUGACUGGACUGGUGUUCCUACAGAAACACACACACACACACACACACACACAGCUGUAGAUGAGUUACGGUACAGUUUUAGUCAGCAGACCUCUCUCCGUUUCUCAUCUGUAGUUUUGGUCUUCUUUCUCCAACUGCUGCUCCGCUGAGCAGGCGACAUACUGUAGAUUAUGGAGUCCUGAGAGUUUUAAUUUGUAGGCACUUGACUGUGUUAUCCCUCCCAGAUCCUUGUGUGUGUAGACCUGCAGAAACAGGCCGAAAAGGGAGAUUCCACUGUGUGUUCUUUCAGGGGUGUACACCUCAUGGUACAUUGCACAGGUGUGUAAGAUGUAAGUUGCACUGCGACAUUAAAAAAAAAAAAGGAACAUAUUGCUCUUUUUCAAGAAUAAUAUUAGCUUACUGUUAUUCUGUACAUUAAACUGACUAAAGAUGAUAUUAAAAAAGACAGAAAAUUACAUUUAUUCUUCCUAAAGUAGCCUUUUUUUGGUUUCAUAUAUAUGAAUAUAUAUUACAAAAAAUACAGAUUGUAAACCUAAGUUGUUAAACUUUGACUUCAAUAAACCGAAUCCUCUGCACUAUGA